UAACUAAUUAAAAUACAAAAUUUCGAAAUAAUUUUACUCUUGUAAAAUAUUUUACAUAUGCAUUCAUAUUUUGAAUACCUUACAUAUUUUUCAGAUACUUCAAAAUAUAGCUAAAAACCACCAACUUUGGAUUAAGCGAAAAAUUUCGCUUCGAACUUAUUUCAUUCUCAUUUUUUCGAUAUCGAAAUUCUAAGUGAAAUCAAAUCGAACAAAUUGCAGUGAUAUUAAACCACUCUGUUGUGUUGGCACUAAAAUUAUUUGUCAAAAAAAAAAAAAAUCGUCUACGAAAUGGGUCGACAUAAAAAUGGUGCACAGGAAGCCAUAUUGGUUAAAUUUAUGCAAGAGUACCCUGAUCUUGCUUGUGGUACAUUGUCGAACAAACAACUGAGAAAUGAUCUGUGGAAUUUGCUGGCCAAUAAGCUGAAUGUUCGCGGCCCACCAAGGAAAACACCUGAACGGUGGAAAAAAGUUUGGUUCGAUUGGCGCUCUGCAGUUAAGAGGAAAAUUGUACAGGAGAGAAAUGAAGCUGCCGCUGGAGAUCAGGAUGACCUACAAAUUAGAAAAACUUUUCUAUCGUCAAUUGAAAAUAAAUUAGCACACAUUUGUGGAUUUUUAGAUAACGACAUCGACGGUAUUGACAAAUUAAUCAACGCUGAUACCAAUAAUGAAGUUUCAGUGCCUUCUAAAGUUGAUUUUGAAUCUGGAAGAGCAUCUGUAUCAGAAGUGAGUAAAGAUUUGGGUGCUGAUGCAGAUAUCCACGCUAAAUCAAUCAAACCAGAAGAUUUUCGUGAGCACUAUGAUAACAUCACCAAUGUAAUCAAAGAAGAAUUGAUACUCGAUGAGACUGAUAAUGAAAUACUAAUGGAUUCAGAUAAUGGUUUUACUACGUUCGAUUUUGGCGAUAAUAGAAAUAUCACGGAAACAGAGUGUAUAACCGUGCAGCCCUUUGUCAUGUGCCACUCAACACAGAGUGAGGUAAAAAGUGAAAUACAAAUUAGUGACGCUGAGCAUCCGCCAAAAGAACGUAACAUAAAUUCAUCACAAAAAGCGAAAGCGAACGAUGAAGAUGUAGUUCAGCUUGUUUCACAGCAAACCACAUUAAUAAAAUCAGUUGCCAAGCUAAUCAAAAAGACUGCCAAAGGACAAGCUGAAAGCUUGAGUGUCAUGAAAGAUAUAAGAAACGGUCUGAAGGAAAUGUGUGAAUCAAUAAAUAAACUUAACGAAGCAACAGCUGAAAAGUUAAAAGAGCAACGUAGGCAUAAUUAUGAAAUAGAAAAAUUACGGAGAGAAGAAAUGCUGUUACAGAAGCAACAACUUGAAUUGAAUGAGUUGGCUACAUUUAGAAAAGAUUAAAAUAGACAUUUAAGUCGUUAAAAUAGUAUUUAUAUUUUUUCACACUAUGGUAAUUUUGUAAAUGUGUAAAGUACACUUAUUUAACAUCAUUCCAAAAACCGCUUUAAGUUUUUUAAAUAAAAUAUGCCUUAUAUAAUAACUUGCAUUAAAUCUUUGUUAAGACUAAUCGAUUAAAGCUAUGAAAAUCUUUCUGAUUCUGAUGUAUCUAGUUGUAAUGUAUACAUAGAUACCGUAAUGAAAUGAGAAUGUUUAAAUAAAAAAAGAUAUUAAA